AUGCGAACAGCUAGGGUGCGAGUCGAGUAUGCAGGUGCAUCAACAAGACGGCCUGUAGCCCACUUCGGCAUCAUGGGGUCGGGAAACACCGUGAUGAAAUCAGGAAAGCACCGCGACCAGAUCGCCCGAACGGACAGGAUUAUUGGAUUCGAGAUGGAGGGGGCGGGCGUUUGGGACUAUCUUCCGAGCAUAGUCAUCAAAGGAGUUUGCGACUAUGCUGACAGCCACAAAAGGAAAGGGUGGCAAUGCAGCAUGUACGAAAGCAUUUCUGGUAGAAUGGAGUGUGGAGGACACACCCACCUGUUCAGUCAAUCGAUCAAAGCGUUGUUAAAAGCGUUACCUGAGCCUGUUUUCUACGUACCCUUUGACCGAAUCCCGGGUUUUGUUGGUCGCACCGAUGAGCUGAAGCGUCUCCAAGAGCGAGCUUUCGACCCUGAAGGUCGUCGGAUUGUGGCUCUGCUUGGCUUGGGGGGCAUUGGCAAAAGUCGACUAGCCCUGGAGCUCUUAUAUCAUGUUAAGUCCGAGCAUCCGGAUUACCAAACAUUCUGGAUACAGGCCUCAGAUCAAUUGACCUUCGAGAAAGAUGUCCGCGAAAUUGGAAAGAAGCUUGGAAUUCCAGGGAUUGAAGACGAAAAGGCUGACAUCACGACCCUGGUAAAGCAGCGGCUCAGCAACUCACCGGCCGGAAGAUGGCUCUUGAUCCUCGAAAAUGCUGACGACGAGUCUUUAUGGCAGAAGAAGGUGCCUUCCGGAAAUCGAAACUGCUCACUUGUGGAUUGGUUUCCGAGCACGACCUAUGGCUCUGUCCUGAUCACCACUCGAUCACGACGUGUGGCCAGUUAUCUGGCCGGCAGAGAAGUGGUCGAAUUGUCUGCAAUGUCAGCAGACCAAGGCCGGUUGAUAUUCACGAAGAUGCUGGAAAAGCCAGAACUGGCUGAUGACCAGGACGCUACGUCGACUCUACUGGAGAAGCUCACAUUCCUGCUACUUGCUAUUGAGACGGUAAAUACCUACCUGGAUUUGCUGGAUGAACCCGAGGAGGAAGUGGUCAAGCUUCUCAGCGAAGGUUUUGGUGAUCAGUCACGGUACGCUAACGCGGAGAAUCCGGUCGCUUCAACGUGGCUCAUCUCAUUCGAGCAAAUACGCAAAAACAAUCCGGUGGCAGCACAGUUUCUUAGCUCUAUGGCUUGUCUGCAUGAAAAGAAUAUCCCCCUGUCUUUGCUGCCAGAAAUCGACUCAAAGAAAGAUGUAGUCGACGCGAUGGCCACACUGAGGGGAUACUCGUUUGUGACAAGGCAAACGCAGAAUGGUGGUGACGACCAUACCGAGGUGCUGUAUGACAUGCAUCGACUUGUCCACCUUGCUGCUCGAAAUUGGCUAAAAAUGAACGGCACGCUUCCCGACUGGACGAAAGACUGUAUCAGACGGAUGUCGAAGCUCUUCCCGUCCGAAACUCAUAAGUACAAAAGCAUAUGGACAAUCUAUCUCCCACACGCUCAGCGUCUCUGUCGAGAGAGAUGUGUCGAAGAUGUUAUUGAGCGGGUCUGGUUACUCAACAAGAUGGGUUCAAGCUUUAGGGACGAAGGGAAGUACAACGAAGCUGUUGAAGCAUACACUGCUGUAGCAAGGUGGAUGGAGCAUAGAUUCGGGGUCUCAUACAAAGAGACUAUGAUGGCAUAUGGAGACCUCGGAAUUGCGUUAUCAUGGCAGGGAGAUCUUUCUGCCGCGGAAUUGCAUCUCGGAAAGACGCUCAGUUGGACGGUCAACACUCUGGGCAAGGAGAAUCGCGAGGCGUUGUCCCAGAUGGACGCUCUGGCUUUCGUGCUCCAGCAGAAAGGAGAUCGAAAGGAGGCCGAGGAGAUGUUCGAUGAAGUACUGCAAAUCACAGAAAAGGUGUAUGGCAAGACGGAUGGCUGCACCUUAGACACCAUGAACAACCUUGCAAGCCUUCUUACCUCGAAGGGUAACUACUUCGAAGCAGAGAAGAUUCAGCGAGAAGCAUUACACUUGAGGGUAACUACCUGCGUUCAGAGUCACCCAGACACACUGGUCAUUGUCAUCAACCUAGCAUUCACGCUCAGAUCGCAAGGAAACUAUCGUGAGGCCGAGAAAUUGCUUCGAGAAGCGACAAUUACUCUGGAGAAGGUACGUGGUAAGAGUCAUCCUCACACAUUGGAUGGUAGAGAGCAAUUAGCAGCAGUGCUCCACAGAGUCGGCAAAUACUCCGAAGCUGAGAAUAUCUGUCGAGAAUUGCUGGAUUUGCAAGAGACUCUUGGUAAAAGCCAUCCAAUAACCAUCGAUGCUAUGGAAAGCCUGGCAGAAGUCCUCAUCAAGCAGGGCAACGACUCAGAGGCCGAAAGUAUCCUUCGGGAAGUGGUGGAGUCACGAGCAACGACACUUGGUAUAAGCCGGCCAAUAAUCAUCGAUGCUAUGGAAAGCCUGGCAGAAGUCCUCAUCAAGCAGGGCAACGACUCAGAGGCCGAUAGUAUCCGACGAGAGGUGCGGGAUUUACAAGCGAACUCACAAGGCAAGGACCCCAUCCGUACACUGAGUACUCCAAGCGGCAUCGCCAGCCUCCCCAGAGUGCAGGAAGAACACUUCGAGGUGGAAACAACAUCCCAAAAUGCCAGGAAGAAGGUAUGGAUUGACCGGGGUGCUCACAAGAUACGGAUUACUCUAAAAAGUGAGACUUCAGAGGCUGCAAUGACGGAUGUCACCAAGGUGUUGAGGAGCCAGAAGGACUGA